AUGUUCCAACGGCCAUCUUGUCUACAAGGCCGGCGCCAGCGCAAUGGCUCCGGUGAAGAUUGGUCUGCGUUUCCAUCCAGACAAUUAUUCGUUUUAGCACUUGUCCGAAUUUGUGAACCAAUUGCGUUCAUGUCGAUUUUCCCGUACGUGUACCACAUGGUGGAAUCAUUCCAUGUGACCGACAACGACCAAAAGAUAGCGCUUUACGCCGGCAUGAUAACAUCGGCCUUCACUUUCGCGGAAUUCUCAGCGGGCAUGUUUUGGGGCCGUAUGAGUGACCGCAUCGGCCGCAAGCCCGUGCUCAUCAUGGGAUUGAUUGGCACAGCAUUAAGCAUGGUGGCAUUCGGAUUUGCGCCCAAUCUCGCAACAGCAAUGAUUGCGCGCGCACUGGGCGGCCUGCUAAAUGGCAACAUCGGUGUUCUUCAAACCACUGUCGCGGAGAUUGUGACGGUCAAAGAGCACCAGCCGCGGGCAUAUUCGAUCAUGCCCUUCAUGUGGUGUCUGGGAUCAAUCAUUGGCCCGGCUAUGGGCGGUGCUUUGGCCCAACCCUGCGACAACUACCCGGGCCUGUUUCAGCGUAACACGCUCUUCGACCGCUUCCCGUUCCUGCUGCCCAACCUUGUCUGUAUCGUCGUGCUGAUUUGCGGCAUCAUUGUUGGUUUCCUGUUUUUGGAGGAGACACACCCGGAGAUUAAGCACCGCCGGGACUACGGCCGUGAGUUGGGCCACCGUAUCCUCAACCAAUGCUGGCGCUCGCGUGUGCAGCUUCCUGACGAUUCCGACAUCGAGGAAGCAAAGUACUUUGUUUAUGGGGAUGUCCCGCCUGAGUAUGAAAGUGCCGAAUCAUCGCCCUGCCUUCGCCCCGUGAGUGACGUGCGAUCAACCGAGUGCGACCUGGAGGGUCAAAAGACCCCCGCACUGAAAGUGUUCACCCGACAAGUCAUCCUCACCAUCAUCGCUUACGGCAUUCUGGCAUACCACAGUGUGUCAUUUGAUCAGUUGAUGCCUGUAUUCCUAAGCACCCCCAAAUCGGACGACACCGCGGUCUUGCCGCUUCAAUUUACCGGUGGUUUGGGCCUUCCGACUAAGACAAUUGGAUUCAUGUUGGCCGUCCAGGGUGUCUAUUCGAUGAUCGCCCAGCUCUGGUUAUUCCCAUUCGUCGUCAAGCAAUUUGGAACCCUGCGCACCUUCCGCUUUGUCUUGUUGGCCUGGCCUAUCAUCUACCUGACCGUGCCAUACCUCAUCUUGCUUCCGGUUAAACUCCAGAUGCCAGCCGUCUACGUUGCCCUCAUCAGCAAGAUCACCCUCCAUGUCAUCGCUUUCCCCGCAACUGCCAUCCUGUUAGCCAAUGCCGCCCCGACCUCCAAGGUCCUGGGCACCAUCAACGGGGCGGCGGCUUCUACCGCAAGCUUAAGUCGAGCCUUUGGCCCAACCAUCACUGGCCUGCUGCACUCCAAGGGUCUUGAGAGUGGAUACUCCGUGUUGGCCUGGUGGGCCUGCGGACUGGUUUGCGCAAUCGGAGCCAUUCAGAGCUUCUGGAUGGAAGAGUCUGCUGAGCCAGAGCUCUUCAAAACCAAGGAGCCUGAAAUGAGUGAGGCGGAGUUGAAGCAUGAGGUCAUGUCGGAGUGCUCGAUUGAGGAAGAGGAACAGCGAUUGCUGUCCCUCCGCUCCAGCAUUGACCAGGAAUACGAUGUCUCCAACCUCGAUCUGAAUGCUAUUGAUCUAUCUAUCCCCGACUCUGAGACAACUCAUCUUCCCCGCUCAUAA